UUCAUUGGUUAAAAAAAUGCGAUGUAAGCCUGUUUUUUUCUGUUUACACCUGAAACAGAAGUCACGCGAAGACAGAAGAGACAACGACCAGUAGUUGAUUAUCUUUUUUAUAGUUUUGGAUAGAAAUAAAAUAAGAAAGGUCUCAACAAGAUGAUUAUCUGGGCUACGAUGUGUUGGAUAUGUAUCGGCUUUGCUGCAUCAAUGGAAGGUUUGUCUAACACGGAGGACUGGGCUUAUCAGUGGUACUCGGAUGAAUCCUUCCGGUUUCAGUGUCAUAUUUCAGGUCUUAAUGUCAGUCAAACGGACUAUGUAACCUGGCAAACACCGGAUCAAAGGAUUCUACCAAACCUUUAUAACGACACAGAGUACGAAGUAAUAAGCAAAGACAAUGUAAACGGCUUUGAACUUUUGAUAAAAAAGAUCCAUCCGAAUGUACAUGGGGUGUACUUUUGUAAAGUCUACGAUAACCAAGGACUUGCCAGGGGUCAAACGAUAUACGGACUGAAUAUCCAUGAGGCAAAAUAUCACAACAUGCUGGACAAAUACAAAAGCCAAAUCAACGUGGCUAUCAUAGCAUCAAUGGCAUUUUUCGUUAAGAUAUUAACCAUUUGUCUCGUCUGCCACUAUCAGUAUGUUACACCGGAAAUGGAAGCAAAACGCCGACAAAGAAAGACCGGGGAACCAUAUUCAGUAAGUAACGACGUGCAAAUGGCAACGAAUGGACAACUUGCAGACUCCAUGGCAUCACCGGAAUGGAAAGGCGCGUACGAAAAUCCGGAGGACUUUACACAGUUCUAGUUCAGUAAACAGUAGUUUGAAAACAUACAGUCAUAAACUUCCAUGGACACUUUCGUAGAAGCGUCCAUAAUUACAGUAAAAUCAAACAGAUGUACGUUAUUUCGACACAUGUUGGGUAUAACUUAAACUUAAAAUGGGGAAAUAUAUAAGAGUUAACUGAAUUUGAAAUGUGUGCUGUUCGUUAUAAUUACGGUGUGCCUAUGAAUAUACUAUUAAAAGCAGAAUGAUAUUC